GUGGCUGCGGGGCCCUAAGCGGCCGCUUAUAUCGCUUAAUGGGUUGGGCUGGCUCUGCUGACAUCUGACAGAGCUAAUGCUAACAGCCAUCUUUUGCUUUCUGAACAGCCAUUGGAUAAAAGCCAAGUUUCGACUGUUCGGACAACUGUCAAUCAAAUGCAGGGAAUUGUCUCAAUUUCUGGAACAAAUUAUAAAAAUGCUUUGCAGGCCCGCAAAGGUGGGAAACCUGGUCUCCCUCCUGUUCGAUGCUGUGAUUCUGAUCCAAGUCUCUGUGGUUAUCCUGCAGGUCUUAAGAGGAACUACAACGAUCUUCCAGAAAGGGUAUCGUUUCGCUCCAAGCAGAACCUGGAUUACUCCUUCCUGAUCCUCUACAGUGCUAGACUUGGUCAAUACUACCUCCAGAUCGAGGACGACGUUUUCUCUGCCAAGAAUUUCCUUUCCACCAUCAAGAGGCGUGUGGCGGAGCAAGAGGCGAAGAAGACCACCUGGGCGAUGCUGGAGUUCUCGGCCCUCGGUUACAUCGGCAAGCUCUACAAAUCAGCCCAGCUUCCUCUCCUGGCACGCUUUCUCUUCCUCUUCUACCAGGAAAUGCCUUGCGACUGGUUAAUGGGUCGCUUCCGAGAUUUGAUGACCCAGAAAGAGCAAAUCCUUUUCAAACCCUCGCUGUUCCAACACAUGGGAACCUUCUCCUCGUUCCAAGGCACAUACAACAAGCUUAAGGACAAGGACUUUGAGGAGCAGUAUACCAAUCCUCCGGCUGAGGUUUAUACUGAUAUGUCCUCCUACAAAAAACAUUUUCCAAAACUGGCCUGGGACGCUGGGGAGGAUUUCUUUUGGGGACGCUCCCCAGAAAAGGGUAAUCACCUGACUGUGGUGUUCAGAGGCCCUACACUAGUGACAGGGAUUAUGGUAGAAACAGGGUCAGGGGGCAAAGACCUCCUAGAGUCAGCUCAGGUGGAGAUAGGCCAUGACGUGAUCACCACAGAGAAAGACAGGAGUUGUAAAAAGUUCCAGACAGUUGGGACGUUCAAAAAUGGGUUGUUUGAGAUCCAAGAGAUGGACAAAAAGUACACCUCUGCCUCUUCCUGUCUGAGGAUACAGAUCACCGCUGCACAGAAGGAUUGGCUGAUCAUUACCAAAAUCAGGAUCUCAACAAAGCUUCGUACAUCCACAAACCAAGCCUAGGAGGGACACUUGCCUUCCUGCCAGGGGAAUAGUUUUGUAUCUGCUGGAUGCAGGCUAAACAUGUGCCUUGUUGAACCGUUCCAUUGACCAAACAUCUAUACAGAAACAGUUUGAAGCUACUGUCAAUAUAAUGUUUGAUUAAGGCAAUAUGUAUAGACGAUGUGUGCACAUAAAACCAUGCCUUUGCCUCUUCAAAAACAUAAACUGGUAUUUAUAAAGGAAGAGGGCAGAUUGUCUGUUAAUUUAAGUUAGAGAAUAAUGUGAUUUGUAUUUACUGGUUCAGCAGCCUUAUUAAAUCCAUUUAUAAAGGAAGAGUGUUUAGUAAGAAUGCGUUAACCUCCCACAUAACAUGCCACCAGGCAUUUAGUGAUCGAGAUAGCAAUGUUGUGAUAUGAAGACGUGGAAAUAAAAAUAAGGUGAGACACAGGA